UGGAUGCAAUAUACUUGAAUAUAAUUUUGGAGCCAGCUCUGCACUCUCUUGACUGUUUUUGUUUUUUGUAAGUGCCCUGAACUGAUGUCUCCCUGAUAUUAAUUUUGUACCAGUAAGAUUACAUUAGUACUAGGGUGAGUUUUUACCUAUAUCCUAAAGGUAAAAAUGACUGUAAAUCUACAUUUUAAAGCUGAUAUAAAAUUUUCAUCCUUGGGGGCACCUAUUGACCCCUGAGGAGUUUUUACAUCCCUAAUUUCCACAUAUGAAUUAUUGAUAAGGGGGCAACACUUUUUAUUUGGAGGUGGGAGGAGGGGAGUUUCUUUGAAUGUAUUUAUGUUCUUUGUAUGUAUGUGUUUCCUAUUCUUUUGAGGGGGUUGUAAAAAUUUGAAAAAAAAGAAAUGAGAAAAAAAAAGAAACACAGCAAUGUGCCACCAAAGGCAGGGAAGAAGAAUACUGAUAGCUUUUAAACACAGAUAUAAACAUUUCAGGUUCCAAAAUGUUCAAAAAUUAGCUUUGCAAAUGUUUUAUGAAGAAGGAAAUGCAUCCAACACAACCUCAAGGGUACACACCAUUCAUUUGGUAACACUGAAUGUGAACAUAAGACAACAAAACACCACAAGAUGCCUUAACUACUGUGACAUUUCAAACUAAUUGUUGUAUUUAUUUUUUUUUAAUGAAAUGUCAUUAUAAAUUGCACUGUCGGUAUGUAAUUAAAUUACAUGUGGAAAUUGCCUCUUGAUUAAUAUAAAGGCCUAACAAAUGAAUAUUCUUCUGAAACAUCAAUCACAGUUGUAUAUUUGUUAGAAUAUGCUAAUCUUUUUGUAUGCUGAACCUUCACUGACAAUAUUAACAGAUGAUCUAGCAAAGAGCUAAGAAUGAGACAACAAAACAAAACAAUAUUCCGAACCUAAGGAUGCUUUUUGUACACUACAGUACUAGUACUGUAAGCCUUUGCAGGUGUUACAAAGGUGCUAUUGUCCCUUGUUAACCCUUUGAAAGAGGUUUUGUCUGACAUUAUUCUAAGUGAAAGCGCCUUUCUAAGGUCUGUUGGGGGAACAGCUGUAAAUGUGGCAACCCUCAGUUCUCUAUGGGCUUCCAUGGUAUGUUGCUGGGUCAGGGUGUUUUUUUACAAAGGGGCCCUCUGGUAGUCAGGUAUAAAAAGGAAGGCUUCCAACAGGUAGGCAAGCAGUUCAGCUUCAAGAGCAGCACCAGCACCAUCAACAACAUCACAGCAAAGAUGACUUCCAAGUCCAUGAACAUGAUGAGCAAGAUCAUCUUCUACGAGGAGAGGAACUUCCAGGGCCGCUCCUACGAGUGCAUGAGUGACUGCCCCGACAUGUCCUCCUACCUGAACCGCUGCCACUCCUGCAGGGUGGAGAGGGGCUGUUUCAUUGUCUAUGACCGCUCCAACUUCAUGGGAAACCAGUAUUUCAUGAGGAGGGGUGAGUACGCCGACUACAUGAACAUGAUGGGCAUGAGCGACUGCAUCAGGUCCUGUCGCAUGAUCCCCAUGCACAGAGGAUCCUUCAGGAUGAGGAUCUACGAGAGGGAGAACUUUGAUGGCAAGAUGCAUGAGCUGAUGGAGGACUGUGACAACGUCAUGGAGCGCUUCGGCAUGUCCAACGUCAUGUCCUGCAACGUGCUGGAGGGCCACUGGAUGAUGUACGAGCAGCCCCAGUUCAGAGGCAGGAUGAUGUACAUGAAGCCCGGCGAGUACAGGAACUUCAUGAUCAUGGGCAGGAGUGGAAUGAGGGUCAUGAGCAUGAGGCGCAUCAUGGAUUCCUGCUACUAGAUGGCGACUCACGAUGGUGCAGCAAUACUAUGAAAC